CUCUCAUUCAUUGUUGGCGGGAAAAUUAAGCCCUAACCGAGCUCGCGAGCCGCAUCCCGCCCCUCCUUCCUUCCCCGUUCUCGAAUUCGCCGAGAUCUGCUGCGGAUCGCACCGGCGCGGGAUUCUCGAUGGAGGCGGCGGCGGCGGCGGCGAAGGUGGUGGGGGAGGCGGAGGAGCUCCCCAAGACCAUCGUGCGGCGCGUUGUGAAGGAGAAGCUCUCCCGGUGCUCCGACGACGGCGACGUCUCCCUCCACAAGGACGCCCUCCUCGCCUUCUCCGAGAGCGCCCGCAUCUUCAUCCACUACCUCUCCGCCACAGCGAACGACAUAUGCAAAGAAUCGAAGAGGCAAACUAUCAACGCGGAUGACGUGUUGAAGGCGCUGGAGGAGAUGGAAUUUCCAGAGUUCAUGGGCCCCCUUAGAGCAUCCCUCGAUGAGUUCAGGAAGCAAAAUGCUGGAAAAAAGGAAAGGGCUAAGGCAAAAGAAUCGAUGAAGAAGAAGAUGGAGGGAGAACCUUCACAAACAAAAGGAGAUGGUGAGAGAGAGCAAAAUGGAAGCACUAGUAAUGGCACUGAAGAAGAAAGUGGAGCUGUGGUUAAAGACAAGGCUAAGGCCAAAGAAUCGACCAAGAGAAAGAUGGAGGGAGAACCUUCCCAAGCAAAAGGAGAUGGUGAGAGAAAGAAAAAUGGAGGCACGAGUAAUGGAACUGAAGUAGAAAGUAUAACUGUGGUUAAAGACAAGGCUAAGGCUAAAGAAUCGACCAAGAGAAAGACGGAGGGAGAACCUUCCCAAGCAAAAGGAGAUGGCGAGAGAAAGAAAAAUGGAGGCCCUAGUAACGACAAUGAAGAAGAAAGUGGAACUGUGGUUAAAGACAAAGCUAAGGCCAAAGAUUUGACCAAGAGAAAGAUGGAGGGAGAACCUUCCCAAACCAAAGAGGGUGGCAAGAGAAAGAAAAAUGAAGGCAUUAGUAAGGGCACUGAAGAUUAAAGUCUAAUUGAGGUUAAUAUCUGAGUGGGGUGGGUUGGUCUUGAUGUGAAUCGAAAAAGUAGUUGUCCAGACGAAUUACGGGUUCCUAUCAGCAAGCAGCAGCAUGCAAAAUGAGGCAUCCAAUGGAAGAAACACACCCAUGUAAUAUCUACUAAUGUUUUCAAAGUCAAGCUUCAUGUGUUGGGGAAUGCUUGGAAUGAGCUCCCUCUCUCCAAGAACAGUUUAGCAUGUAAGAGCGUCUUCCAUCAGUAACGUGCAGUGUGACGUGAGUGGAUAAUUGAGAACAGCUUAUAUAUCCAGUUAGAAAUGAUUGGUGGAGCAGUGGCAGUAGUGUUCGGCACAUUGUAUUGUUCUGGCUUCAUAUGUUUUCAUUAAUAUUAGCUGGUCCUCGAACAAGUAACUUUUAUAGCUCAUGGAUACUGUGACCUUGUCCACAUUCUGUCGCCUAUAUAUUUUUGCCACGUUGAUUGUCAAUCUCUUGUGGCUUCACCCUGUA